UGCUUACCGAACAACUGAGGUGACCCAUAGGGACAUUGCCAACAGCUUUUUACUCUCUGAAUACAACUCCACCAUUCAGGAAAGCCUCUACAGGUCUAAAUGUCCUUCCCAGCGGUAUGUCUCCCUCCAGUGUUCCCACUGUGGUCUGAGAGCUUUGACCGGACGGAUCGUGGGAGGGGCUCUGACCUCAGAGAGCAAGUGGCCUUGGCAGAUCAGCCUACACUUUGGCGCCACUCACAUCUGUGGGGGUACACUCAUCGAUGCCCAGUGGGUGCUCACCGCUGCCCACUGCUUCUUUGUGACCCGGGAAAAGGUUCUGGAGGGCUGGAAGGUGUAUGCAGGUACCAGCAACCUGCACCAGCUGCCCGAGGCUGCCUCUAUCUCCCAGAUCAUCAUCAAUGGCAACUAUACCGAUGAACAGGAUGACUAUGACAUCGCCCUCAUAAGGCUUUCCAAGCCUUUGACCCUGUCAGCUCACAUCCACCCUGCCUGCCUCCCUAUGCAUGGUCAGACCUUCAGCCUCAAUGAGACCUGCUGGAUCACUGGCUUUGGCAAAACCAAGGAGACAGAUGAGAAGACAUCCCCCUUCCUCCGAGAGGUUCAGGUCAACCUCAUCGACUUCAAGAAGUGCAAUGACUACUCGGUCUAUGACAAUUACCUUACCCCAAGGAUGAUGUGUGCUGGGGACCUUCGAGGAGGGAGGGAUUCCUGCCAGGGCGACAGUGGAGGACCUCUUGUCUGUGAGCAGAACAACCGCUGGUACCUUGCAGGUGUCACAAGCUGGGGCACAGGCUGUGGUCAGAGGAACAAGCCUGGUGUGUACACCAAAGUGACAGAAGUACUUCCCUGGAUUUAUAGCAAGAUGGAGAGUGAGGUACGCUUCCGGAAUUCUUAG